ACACUGCCAACAAAUACCAAAAAUCAAACAUUUGCUACUCCCAUAAUCCAUAUAACCUCUCCCCCCCCUGCGUCCAAAACAGGCUUAGCCUCCCCAGCGCCAUCAAUACAAUUUAUAAACACCACCAAGGCUGUGAGACCCUCCCUCACUCAGCCAGCGCAUCCACCACCACAAACCACAAACCACCCCCCAACCCAAGGCAUAUCACACCAGUCAAACUCCCAAAAAAUGGCGACUCCCAUCCUCCAACGAAAGAGCGACAUGGCGUAUCUUGUAUACUUUUUAAUCCACAUCGUCGUCCUUUUCCUGGUCGACCUCUCCCCCCUCUACCCCUCCUCCCUCCGCCCCGCGCUGAGCACCAAACUGCUCGCGUACCAGGCGGAAGUGUACCAGGACCGGUUUUUCGCCAUCGAGAUCCCGUUUUUUGAGUUCUUCCGCUACAUGGAAGCCGUCGUCCACCUCCCCGUCUCCUUCUGGGCCAUCUCCGCCCUCGUGGGCGAGAGCGAGAAGUUAUCUCUCGUCCUGUUUGCGUAUGCGCUCCAGACGGUCAUCACGACGGCGACGUGUAUGUAUGAUUUUAGCCAGUGGGAGGGCGUGGCGGUGGAGGCGAAGUGGCAUUUGGCGAGUUUGUAUGGGCCGUAUUUGUUGAUUGCUACGUAUAUGGCGGUGGAUAUGUGGGGGAGGUUGAGUGGGGAUUUGAAAGAGUUGAGGGGUUUGAGGGCGGGGAAGAAGGGGAACUAA